CUUUUGAGACAGGGUCUCACUGUGUCAUCCAGGCUGGAGUGCAGUGGGGUGAUCACAGCUAACUGCAGCCUUGACCUCCUGGGUUCAAGCGAGUCUCCUACAUCAGCCUCCCAAGUAGCUGGGACUACAGGCCAGGCUGGUCUUGAACUCCUGACCUCAUGUGACCCGCCUGCCUCAGCCUCCCAAAGUGCUGGGAUUACAGGCAUGAGCCACCGAGCCCAGCCAGUGACGCGCGAGCGGCUGCAGCGACUGUGCCUCCCGAAGCUGCUUCGGGCCCCAGCGGUGAGGGAGAAGACUCUCAACCAGGGUGACUUCUAG